AUUCAACAGCAUAACUUGAAUGUUAGAAGAAAGGAGGUUAUAAUACCAAUAGGGAGCUGCCGCUUAUCUUUCUUAUCUCUCCCUCUAUUAACUCUACUAACCCCGCUUCGACGCCGCCUAUGUAAAUGGUUAUACGUCAGUAUUCACAUCGUUGGGUGAAUGGUUUUGCUUGACUAGAAGCCACUCUUCUUACGCAUUUGGAAGUUUUGACAUAUUUCUAAAGAAAUGGACCUCCCUCCAGAAAUUCAUAUCAACCCUCCUCUCCUAAACUCAGCAAACCCGUGGGCCACCACACUCGAAGAUCUACGGGCCCUGUUUGCAUGUCCAUCUACAGGUGCAGUGACUACGCGGACGACACUUCUCAAUGGCUUUGCGCAUAACCCGGAUGUGCAUAAGUACGCUUUCUUCAGUCCCAACGCCCACCAAACUGCAUCAUUAUCUACUCCUGAGACAAGAUUUGAAGGCGCGAGUGCGAGUCUGAAUAAUAUGGGAUAUAGUCCCAUCCCAUUAGACGAGUAUAUAUCAUAUAUCAAAACCAUAUCCGAGGAAUCAAAAACAACCAAACCAAACAGGAAGGGGAAGGGGAAGGGGAAAACAUUUAUUAUAUCCGUCACGGGAUCUCCGAAGGAUGUCGCGAUAUGCUAUAAACGUAUCACAAGACUAAAAACUGAUCUUCGGAAGAAAGGAGAUAGAGAAGAAGAUGGAGGUAUAAGUCUCGCGAUGGAGAUUAACCUCAGCUGUCCGAAUAUACCCGGUGCGCCGCCUCCGGCGUACUCAGAGGAAGCCCUGGGAGAAUAUUUGGACACGGUGGGCCGUAUGGCUGCGGCUACGGGUACGGCUACUCUGACUUCUGGGCCCGGGGGGAGGUUGGUUGUUCCUUGGGGUAUUAAAACGCCGCCGUAUACGCAUGCGGGGGAGUUUGGGAUGUUGAUUGAGGCGUUGGUAGAGGCGGGGAGGAGGUAUGGGGUUGUUUGUCCGGUUAGUUUUGUUACGGCUACGAAUACGCUUGGGUCGUGUUUGGUGCUUGAACCUAAAUCUACGGCUUCGGUGGGAGUUGGAAAUAAGGAUUUCAAGCCUUCAUUGGCGGACGAUAAGGGCAUGACGAGUGGGAUUGGUGGGAUGGCGGGUGCGCCGUUACAUCCUCUGGCGUUGGGGAAUGUGGCGUCGAUACGGAGGAUGUUGGAUGAGAAUGUGGAGACGAGACAUGUGAAGAUUAUUGGUGUUGGUGGGGUCGAGGAUGCGGAUGGGUAUCGUAGGAUGAGACAUGUUGGAGCGGCGGCGGUGGGUGUGGGGACGGCGUUUGGGAGGAAAGGGGUGAGUGUGUUUGGGGAGAUUGAGGAGGGAUUGAAAGGGGAGGCUGUGUGGUGAAGUUUAAGAGUGAGAAGAGAGGCAUGAGGCUAAUAUGUUGAAUGACCCAAUAAGGAGAAGGGGGAGGAGUCACGAAUCUUACCAUUCCAUGAGAGCGGGGACACUGGAUUUUGCAUGUACAAUAGUCGUAUAGCGGAAACCGUAGACAGUUGGAUUAAAUACUGGAUAUUCGUCA